CAUCCGAGCAGCAGAAGCUCCCGAGCCAUUUUCAAACACGCGACAUUUUUACCCCGAGAGACAGAGAGAGAUAGAGAGAGAAAAUGGCGGAGGAGGGACAGGUGAUCGGCUGCCACACCGUCGAGAGCUGGAAGGAGCAGUUGAAGAAGGGGAUCGACGCCAAGAAAUUGGUGGUGGUGGAUUUCACGGCUUCAUGGUGCCCGCCAUGCCGUAUGAUGGCCCCAAUUUUUGUUGAGUUGGCCAAGAAGAUGCCCCAUGUUUUGUUCCUGAAGGUGGAUGUGGAUGAACUGCAGUCUGUUAGUGUGGAGUGGGAAGUGGAGGCAAUGCCCACUUUUUUACUCUUGAAAGAAGGCCAGGUCGUGGACAAGGUCGUGGGUGCACACAAAGAGAAAUUGGAGCCAUUGAUAGCCAAACAUGCAACUGAUGCAGUCACCGCUUGACUGUAAAUUUAAGCAAAUUUAGCGCUCCCGUGAGAUAAAUAACCAGCUUUGUUGGGUACUGUGCCAUCUGUGUGCUCAGUGUGUUCUUAUCGAGCUUCCUUGGAUCUUCUCUUCCUAAUGUUACUAGUGUGAGAAGAAGCUACUUGCUUGUAUUGUGUGGUUGAUGUAAUGUCAUCAAUUGGAGUCUAUGAUAUCUCUUAUUUCAUGGAAUGACCUAAGGUUCAGUUGUGCGGUUCGCCAUGCCAAAGUUUGAGUUGGCGGUUUCUUGAUUGCAUUGCCAAAAGCAUCUUUCGUGCAGAAGUUCAAAGUGUUGGUUACU